AUGGCGCUGGGAGGCUGCGGCCGGCGGAAAGGCUCGGCGGGGGGAAGGCGGAGCGGCGGAGCCGGCCCGGCCGCCCCUUCCCGUGGGAUGCGGGCCCAGCCCCGGCCGAGCUGGAAUUUCUGUACACGUGGACCCCGGGCCUGGCGCGCCCGCCCCGCUCCCACCGCCGGUCGCCCCGCGGCAUCGCCGGGGCAAGUUCCCUGCGGGCGGCGGCAGCGGGGCCCGGCGGGAGAAGCCGCAGCGUCAAAGCUCCACUACGAGGAGUACAGCGUGCGCGGGUUCCCCGCGGCCGCGCUGGAGCCGCUGCAGCGCGCCUACGCGCGGGCGCUGGCGCAGUACGCGGGGGCGCAGUGGGCGGAGAGCGCCCGGGCGUUGGAGGCCAGCCUGCGCCUCCACCGCCUGCUGCGCGACAGCGAAGCCCACUGCCACCGCCGCUGCGCCGCGCCCGCGGAGGGGGACCCCGCGCGGGGGGACCCCGCGGAGGGGGAGCCCGCGGAGUGGGAGUGGGAGAGGGAGAUGCAGCUCUUCGGGAGGCUGCUGCGCCGGGCCGGCUGCUUGCGCGCCUGCAAGCGCGACCUGCCCGUCUUCCAGCUGCGCUACCCCCCCGCGCAGACGCUGCGCGACUUCCAGCGCCGCCUGCCCUACCAGUACCUGCACUACGCGCUCUUCAAGUCAAAUAAGAUUGAGAAAGCGGUGUCCGCUGCCCACACCUUCCUGCAGAAGAACCCCAAGCACGAGAUGACCUUGAAGUACCUGAACUAUUACAGGACGAUGCUGGAUGUGGAUGAAUACCUGGUUGACCUGGAGGCUCAGCCCUAUGAGCCGAUAUUCGUGCGGUCGGUGAAGCUGUACAACAACGGGGAUUUCCGGAGCAGCGCGGCCGACAUGGAGCAGGCGCUGACUGAGUACUACAAGGCGUACGAGGACUGCCUGGCUGGCUGUGAGGGUGCCUACGAGCUGCAGGAAUUCAAGGACUUCUACCCCUCCAUCGCAGACCACUUCGUGAGCGUGCUGCAGUGCAAGGUGGACUGCGAGACUGAGCUCACCCCCAAUGUGGGUGGCUACUUCGUGGAGAAGUUUGUGGCCACCAUGUACCACUACCUGCAGUUUGCCUACUACAAGCUGAACGACGUGCGGGACGCGGUGCGCAGCGUCUCCAGCUACAUGCUCUUCGAUCCGGACGAUGCCGUGAUGCAGCAGAACCUGGUCUACUACCGCUUCCACCGUGAGCGCUGGCGCCUGCAGGAGGAGGACUUCAAUCCCCGGCCGGAAGCCGUGCGCUACCACAACCGGACAGCCGCCCAGAAGAAGAUGCUGGACUUCGCCAGGCAGUACCUGCAGGCUGACGACGAGAUGGAGGUGGACAGCGGCGAGGAGACAGAGGCACGGAACCUGCCCUCUGACGGCGAAUUCGAGGGCGAAGGCGACUACGAGGAGGGCUUCUUCGCGGAGUGGUGGCAGGAACCCAAGACCAAGGGGGACAAAGCCGACCAAGGUUCCUGA